UGACCUGCCGUAUGAACCAAAAAGUGUCGUAAAACCACGCAAUCCCCAUACAACUGGCCCACCACUAUUGAACAAGCGUGGGGUUGUAUUACUUGAUAGAUGAAUUGCAAUUUGGUUGUGUAUUUGUGUUUAUUACGUCCGAUCUGGCGCAAUAAGUAGAGGCAGAUUUUGUCAUUAUUGAAGAACGCGGUAACGGCGACCAACGAGGAUGUUUAAAAAAUUUGAUGAGAAGGAGAAUGUGUCAAACUGUAUCCAGCUGAAAACAUCGGUGAUCAAAGGCAUCAAAAAUCAGCUGUUGGAACAGUUUCCUGAUAUUGAGUCAUGGCUCAAUCAGAUAAUGCCAAAAAAAGACCCUGUCAAAAUAGUGAGAUGCCAUGAACACAUUGAAAUCUUGACAGUGAAUGGAGAGCUGCUUUUCUUCAGACAGAGAGAAGGACCAUUCUAUCCAACCCUCAGACUGCUGCAUAAAUAUCCCUUCAUUCUGCCACACCAGCAAGUAGACAAAGGGGCAAUUAAGUUUGUCUUAAGUGGAGCCAACAUCAUGUGUCCAGGGCUGACAUCACCAGGCGCUAAACUGUACCCAGCUGACGCUGACACAGUAGUUGCCAUAAUGGCAGAGGGAAAACAACAUGCACUUUGUGUUGGCGUUAUGAAGAUGUCUGCAGAAAGCAUAGAGAAAGUCAACAAGGGAAUUGGAAUUGAGAACGUUCACUAUCUCAACGAUGGACUGUGGCACAUGAAGACAUAUAAAUGAUGACAUCAUCUGCAGUGCCACCUGAGUGUGGCGAAACAUGAGCUGCCAGUCAAAUGUUUACGCCUAUGGACUUAAUUGCGUAACCUGCUGGACGCUUUGAAUCAGAUGACAUUCUGCACAAAUAAAAGAAUUAUUGCUUAA